AUGGCUCCGAAAAGAGCCGCCGCCGAGGCCAGCGACAACGCUCCGGCCGCCAAGCGCACCCGAACCACCAAGGCUACUGUCGCGACCGUGACCGCGUCAGACGAGCCCAAGAAGGUUGCCGCAAAGAAGGCUACGGCCACUAAGAAGACUGCUGCUGCGCCCAAGAAGGCCGCCGCAGCCACCACUACCAAGAAGGUUGCUGCUCCCAAGAAGACCCCAGCUCCUAAGUCGAAGCAAGCCGCGACGCCCAAGGUGGCCGCCGCUCCCAAGAAAAAAGCCGCCGCACCCAAGAAGACUGCGACUGCCAAAGCUACCAAGGCGUCCGAAGAGUCCGACAAAGAAAAUGUGAAUGCCGCUGCCGCCCAAGUGACGGGUGAUAAGCGCAGGCGUGACGAUGACGAAGCGGCUGACGAGGGCCAGGCCGACGACAUCAAGCGCGCCAAAAAGGAAGCCGCUCCGCCCAAGCCCAAGAAGGUCGCGGCCCCCAAGCCCAAGGCCGCUCCACGUGAGCUCAAGGUCAUCAACCACCCCCCCACUCAGGUGAUGGACAUUUUUGUGUUCGGCGAGGGUACCGCCGGCGAGCUCGGCCUCGGCAGUGUCCGCUACGACGGCAAGCAGCCAAUUGAUGUCAAGCGUCCCCGCCUGAACCACAAUCUCAAGGGCGUCGUGCAGGUUGCAUGCGGCGGUAUGCACGUGGCCGCCUUGACCAUCGACAACAAAAUCCUCACUUGGGGUGUCAACGACCAGGGCGCCCUCGGCCGCGAUACCACCUGGGACGGCGGUCUGCGCAACGUUGAGGAUGAAGACGAGGACUCCGACGAUGAGGACGACACAGGCAUGAACCCCAAGGAAAGUACACCGGCUGAGAUUGACGCGUCUGGCAUCCCUGAGAAUGUGAAGUGGGUACAGCUGGUCGCUAGCGACAGUGCUACCUUUGCCUUGACUACUACCGGCCAGGUUUAUGGUUGGGGUACAUUUCGAAGCAAUGAGGGUGUUCUUGGUUUCAGCAGACGUGAGCUGGUCCAGACAAUCCCCACUAUCAUCCCUGAGCUUUCCAAGAUUAAGCACCUCGCCACCGGCCUGAACCAUGUCCUUGCCCUCGACGAGAAGAACAAGAUCUACGCCUGGGGCGCUGGCCAGCAGGCCCAGCUCGCUCGCCGCCUCCUUGAGCGAGACGACACUGCCGCCCUCUACCCUACCGGCGUCGGUGCGCUCCCCGGCCGCGCCAAGGCCGCAUCAGUCGCCUGCGGCUCGUACCACUCGUUCGUCCUCGAUGUCAAGGGCCGUGUUAUCGCUUGGGGUCUCAACAACUACGCCGAGCUGGGUAUUGAAGAGGAGGCUGGCACCGACGGUGGUUUUAUCAUGCGCCCGCAGCUCGUCAAGAACCUCGAACCUCACGUUAUCACAUGUAUCACCGGCGGUGAGCACCACUCCCUAGCCUGUACCGCGAAGGGCGAGCUCCUCACCUGGGGCCGCAUCGACGGCAACCAAGUCGGCCAGCCGUCCGACUCUUUCUCAGAGAACAACACCAUCUGGGAUGAGCGCAACAGACCCCGCAUUCUCGUCGUCCCCACCGUCCUGCCGGAUAUCAAGGACGUCAUCCAUGUCGCUGCCGGUACCGACCACUCCUUUGCCGUAACUAAGCAGGGCAAGGUGUACUCGUGGGGCUUCUCCGCCAACUUCCAGACUGGCCAAGGUACUACCGACGAUAUCCUCGUCCCUACCCUGAUGGACAACUCGGCCAUUCGCGACCGGAAGAUUGUCUUCGCUGGCGCUGGCGGCCAGUAUGGCAUUAUCGGCGCGCUUCCCCUUGAACAGUAA